AUGUUUCGCAAGCAUCGUCGGUCAAAUUCUGGAGCUGCCCUUGAAUUCUUCGAGACGUCAGCUAAGGAAAACAUCAACGUGAAGGCAGUAUUCGAGAAGUUGGUAGAAAUAAUCUGCAAUAAAAUGGCUGAAAGCCUUGAUAAGGACCCUCAGCAGCAACCAAAAGGUCAGCGACUCGACGCUACUACGAACCAGAAGCCGCCAACGCAACAGUGCAAUUGUUAG